UGCGAUUGUUGCACUUCAUCAUUUGUACGCCGAUGCACAUGCCAUUCCAAAACCUAAUCUUCGGAUCUUGACGGGUAGUACCUGCAGGUAACAUGGCGACACGCCCUAUUACAAGGCAUCUGUAGUAUACAGGAUCACCACCUUCACUCUCCGGUAAUAACACAACUCAACAUAUGAUAUGCUGUAAGGCUUCGCGGAUCGAAAUCGUGACAUCAUGAUCAAGGUUGUAUUGUUCGACUUCAUGGGCACAUGCCUUGACUGGCAUACAAGCAUAAUCCAGGCAUUACCAGCUUCGCUUUCCGAUGAUAAAAAAUCAACGUUCGCUCUGCAUUACAGGCAAGCUUAUUUCGACUUCAACGCAAAGCGUUUGAGCGAAGGCCAAGCGGUGCUGGAUUUCGACGAGACCCAACGUCGAGUUCUUGAUUCGUACCUCGUACAACACUCAGAUACCAAGCAUCUGUUCUCAUCGGACGUCAAAGCACAAUUGAUCGCUGCAUGGCACCAUCAAAGCGCGUGGCCCGAGGUAUCCGUAGCACUGCAGCGACUGAAAGACAACGGCCUGGAGAUCUACGUCUACGCCAACGGCAGUACGCGCUUGCAGCUCGACCUUGUAAAGUUCGCCGGCUUGAGGUUCGAUAUGCUCUUCUCGAGCGAGCUGCUGGGUUGUUACAAACCUGCGCCAGAAAGCUAUGCGAAGGUGAUGAGAUUGUUGCAGGUUGAACCCGAAGAGUGCGUGAUGGUGGCUGCUCAUGCGUACGAUCUGCGAGGCGCAAAAGCUGCUGGGAUGAAGACGGUGUAUAUUUAUAGAUGGACCGAUGAUAUUCGAGAGGAUCAAGAGAUCGUAAGGGAGGAGAAUGAUGCUUACCUGUUGGACAUGCGUGACCUGAGCAGGGUUGUCGCUGCUCUCUGAUGCUGUGGUUGCAGGCUGGUUGAACGGCAGACCUUGACCAAUUCGACUUUUAGACUUGCCGCCCCGAAGAACUUGUCAAGGCUGCUUUAGCACGUCGCGUUUGCAAGUGGCCGGAAUCAUUGCAAUACUUCUCAGGCCAGUUGUCGAAGGUUGGUUGGUUAUUCUGUUGGUCGAUCCAUCCGCUAGUUGUAAGACCGCCCGGCGGCUAGCAACCUUGUGGAGUCACGUGGUCAUUAAUCUGGUGGCGUUCCCGCUGUCAGCUCCAUGGA